GUCAGGGAGACUGGCGCCACCAGCACACCCCGCCCUCCUAUACGGAAAGGAAGCCGCUAGCGGGCGCCGGAAGCCGGUGACAUCAGAAGCCCCGCCCAAGACCAGCCUCCUGGCCGGAAAUGAGGCGUUGGUCCCGCCUCCGCAUCUGCUACCUCGCGAGACUUUGCGUGCUCCUCCCUCUUUCCUUUCUGCCGCCGCCAUGCCAUCCAGACUGAGGAAGACCCGGAAACUCCGGGGCCACGUGAGCCAUGGCCACGGCCGCAUUGGUAAACACCGCAAGCAUCCAGGAGGACGCGGGAAUGCUGGAGGCAUGCAUCAUCACAGGAUCAACUUCGACAAAUACCAUCCAGGUUACUUUGGUAAAGUUGGUAUGAGGCAUUACCACUUAAAGAGGAACCAGAGCUUCUGCCCGACUGUCAACCUGGAUAAGUUGUGGACACUGGUCAGUGAGCAGACACGGGUCAAUGCUGCCAAGAACAAGACUGGAGUUGCUCCCAUCAUUGAUGUUGUGCGAUCGGGCUACUACAAAGUUCUGGGGAAGGGAAAGCUUCCUAAGCAGCCUGUCAUCGUGAAAGCCAAAUUUUUCAGCAGAAGAGCUGAAGAGAAGAUAAAGGGUGUUGGAGGUGCCUGUGUCCUGGUAGCUUGAACCACCCAGGGAGAUUAAUUAAAUGCUAACAUUUUCCAA